AUGAAAAAUCCCAUAAACUCAGGAAGAACCAAGAAUGUAGGGAAUCUUACUGUGAGAGGAGAUGAAGACAAGUUAACUAACCUUCAUUAAGAACUUGAAAAAGUGGGGCUUAAAACUUGUGAUAAACCAAAUAGUUAUUAUAAAUAAUAAGCUAAUCAGAAUUGGACGCUUUAAAAAUAGAAAUAUGACAAAAUUGAAUAUUUCAAAAAUCGUUGA